AUGCCCACGGCCACUACUUUCCUAGAUAGCCCGCUGCUCAAAGUGAGUCGACCUGUCGCUGCUUGCUCACGUUGUCGAACGGCGAAGAUCAAAUGUGAUGGCAAGCUUCCUGCAUGUUCUGCUUGUGAGAAGGUCGGCAAAGCAAGUACCUGCUCAGGAGCCAGCGAUGAGUUUGCCAAAGGGAAAGAACGCAGUUAUGUUGCGUCUCUCGAGGGCUACUGCGAGAAACUAGAAAAGAAACUGGGCCAAAUACGAAAUCGCCAGACUUCCUUAUCGAUAGAGGGGAAUGGGUUGGCUCGGGAGGUGUCUAUCACAGCGACCUCAUCGGCUGGUCCUCCCGGUCCAGCGCAUCGCCGAGAGGUCUCGGAUAUUGAUGAUCUAGUCGGUGAUUUUGGCUUCUUAUCUGUGAAUGCGACUUCGCGCGAUUUCCAUGGCAUUACCUCCACCACCAGUUUUGCCAAUUUACUCUUAUCCGUCGCUACAGUUGGAUAUCCCCCAUCGCCAGUCUCCAAUCCACUCCCCGCGCGGCAUGAAGCGACCCCAUUACUGCAACACUAUUUUGAUAAUAUCUUUGUCCAAUUGCCGUUCUUUGUGGAGACUGGAUUUUGGACGUCUGUGGAUGCGGUUUAUCAAUCGCAAGGUCGCUUUGCCAAACCCUUCGAUCACUGGAUGCUCCGAAUGGUUCUGGCAAUCUCCUCCGCAUCGAUUUCUUAUCAAAACAAUGACAAGAACCAUCAACGAGCCCUAGGAUUAGUAACGGAGGCUCUCACCUAUGCUGAGGAUGUGCUUCGUCCAGGGUCAAUCCUGGGUAUUCAAUCAAUUCUCCUUCUGGCCCAAUAUGCUCUGGUGGAUCCGGGCCGCUUUCGUAGCUGGUACCUGGUAGGCAUGGCGAUCAGGGUCGCGGUGGAUCUGGGGCUGCAUCAAGACCCGCCCGCUGAGGUGCUAUCAAAUUCCAGUCGAUUGGACAUUCGUCGGCGCGUCUUCCAUUGUCUUUACGCCUUGGACAGAGGAAUGAGUACUUCACUCCAACGGACCUUCUCAUUUUCCGACGACUCGGUCAACGUCGCCAUGCCAUCAGCCAGUAGCUCGACCGGUUCUUCGCCUGCAGAACAGAGCCACAUUUUCCUCCGAAGUCCUGCCCCAGCUCUUCAUAUCGUCAAGAUUCGUCAAAUUUUAUCAACCGGGUACUCAGAUAUGUACUACAGUUCCCGAGAGCCAUCGCCACAACCCUUCGUGCAAAUCUGGACCCUUUGCUACCGAACACGACAAUGGUUCCAUGAAUGUCCCAAAAAUGCCCCCAACCACUUUUCCCUUCUCUACCGACUCGAGCUUCUUUACACUAUGAUCAUUCUUCUCUCUUCUUCUCAUCGAUACCCCGUUCUUUGCGACUACAACAAAGCGCUCCUCUUCGACCGUUGCAUGGACUAUAUUAGUCAAAUACACCAAGUCCUGGAGAAUCCUACCGCUCUUCCCUUCUUGACCUUUCUCGAUAUCCAACGAGUCCAACAGGUGUCUCGUCACUUUGUGGAGAUUCUUUCCCAAAAUUUCGACUUUCUUCUAGGGCCAACUGUCCCCCAUCCACCCACUGUCCCCGCGGGUACCCCUGAUCCUCCAAUCCUUGCAGAAGAGGAUCGGAUCAACUGUCGUCCCCGUGCAAUCCGCUGUCUCACUUACAUCCGAGACUUGCUCAAAUAUUGUGCUCGCAAGUGGGAUAUUCAAACCCCACUCCAGGAAUUCGAGCAGGAAUCUGCAUCACUCGAGCAUAUGCUUGUGGAUGGGUCACCGAUGGGCUACAUGGCGACCUCGAACCAGGAGGCUUAUUUCGAAGGAACUUCUGGGAUGCCGCUGGCCGGCACUGAAUAUCCGGGAUAUCAUUUGGGGUAA